AGUAUUUCUAUUAAUGAACUUCCUUGACACCAGAAUCACGGGUCGAGGAGGAAGAGGACGGGGAAGAAGAUCUGAGCAUAAGAAGGUCCGGACAGAAGAAGAUCUGGACAGAAGCAGUGAUUAAGACUCAGACAUGCGUUGUGCGUGUGUGAUGCUUCUGAGCGCGCUGUUCAGCCUGAGCGAUGGAGAUGUCGGGGAUUUCACGCCGUGCUCGAGCGCCUUCUACCGGGGUCUGCCCCCCACGGGCAUCGUGGGGACUCCGAUCUGCCAGCGCUACCAGAACCGCUACCACUUUGCCACGCUGUACAGCCGCGAGCGCCGCGCGCCCUGGUUCUCCGCCUACGUGUUCUCCAAGCCGCAGAACAAGCGACCCAGAGGCGAAUGGAAGUUCGAGCCGCAGCUAGCCAACUCCAAGGCAGAUGGCAAUAUGAUGCCGUUCCCAGUUCCCCCUGCGAAACUGGACCAGAAUGUAGUGGAGAGCCAGGCUGUCCAGAAAGACUACAUCAACUCCACUUACACCCGUGGCCAUCUAAACCCGAGCCAGCAUCACUCUAACACCACGUCACGCCGCGCCACCUUCACGCUCACCAACGUGGUGCCACAGAAGGCCGAAUCCAACGACGGUCCCUGGGCCAUGCUGGAGACGAACGUGAGCAAGAUCCUCCAGGAACACUGCCAGGGUGAGGCGUUCAUAGUGACGGGCAUGAUCCCAUACGAAAAAGAGCGCUGGAUGAAGGACGAGGGCAGAGUGGCCAUACCGGAGUACAUGUGGUCAGCAUACUGUUGCCAGAAUUACAGCCGGGACCUUCCCGAAAACCUGAAGGACAUCUUUCCAACGUUUGCAGCCAUUGGCAGGAACGAUCCAAACAGCACACAGGAGAUUGUACCUGUGGACCCCCAGACAAAGAAAAAGACGAAGGGAUAUGACGUUCGCUUGAUGCCGCUGCCUAUUCUAGAGGGGUACUUAAAACAGAGGUAUAUGGUGUCUAUCAGUGUUUUUGAUCAAAUGUGCUCAAGGGCGUGACCUUGAAGACAAAAGAACGCUGGGAGUGCUGUAUCACUGUGCAAUGGGACUAUUUUGAAGGUGAUAGUGUGUAAACAUAAAUAAAGUACUUUCUUGUAAGCAGAACUCGUUUAGAAACUUUUUAAUACCACCAGACGAGUGUCUGGUACACGUACACUGUCUCAAGUAGUAAUGCAAGAGUUAAAGAUAAUCAACUAAUAUUUUUACAAUUUUGUCAUCGUAAGAUCAAAAAUACGAGAAAUUUGAAAUAUAUAUAUAUAUAUAU